UAUGAAUUGUCUCAUUGCUAACGGAUAAUGCUAUACGAAAAGGAAAUAACUCGAGACAUUCGAAAUUUUCAAAAGUUAUGUAAGGAAAGGAGGCAGAAUAUAUUACAAGAUUAUAAGAAUGAAGAAAAAGAUUUAAAUGAAAACUUUCACAGGAAUUACAGAGAAUUGGUUAAAUCUCAUAAGAAACAGUUGAGCGAUCUUCAGUCAAAGGCUGAGAAAAAUAAAAGAAAAUUCAGACGGCAGCUAGAAUGUGAACUGCGUUCAGAGAAGAAGAAGAAGAAUUUAAAGAAAAUCUAUGAUGGGAAAUCACAAAGUGUUAACCAUUUAACAAAUCUCGAUGAUUUACCAACAUCAUCAAUCUCUUUGAAUAAUUUACAAACGUUUCAAUAUAAUAAUAAUACUACUACUAAUAAUGAUCAUCAUACUACUGAUAAUCAAUCAUUUAUUGAUCAUUCAAAUAGUUCACCACAAUUACCACCGGUUACAUCAUCCAUAUCACCAUUGUCGAAUUAUGUAAACAAAAAUGAAAUAAGAAGUAAUAAUAAUAAUAAUAAUCGAUAUAUUGGUGGUUUAAAUAAACAUUUAAGUCAAAGUGAACAUAUACUGAAUUCCAAAAGAAGUUUCCAUGGAAUAGAAUAUAAUAUUCAUGAAUUAGAAGAACGUUUUGAUUAUUAUUCAAUGAAUGAUAAAAAUAGAAUAGCUGAAUUCGAAUGGAAAUGUUUAAUGGAAAGACAAGAAUUAAGAAGAGCUUAUCUACUAAAUCUUGGUGAAUUAAAACAACGUCGUAUUAUGUCAUUAUGUAAUAUGACUAGAUUACAUAUUAAAACUUAUUAUGAUAUACAAAAGAAAUGGUUAUGUAAUAUUCAUUCUAAUGAAUUAACACAACGUAAUCAAAUAAGUCAUGAAACAUUGAAAAAAUUAACUGAAUCACAAAUUAUUGAACGUCAAACAGCAUGUAAAUUAUUAAAACAAUCUAUUAAAGGUCAAAAACAAAUGAUACAAUUAUUAGAGGAUAAUUUAAAAAGAAAAGAUGAAUCUUUGAAUAAAUCAGAACAAACAUAUACUACUAAUAAUACUACUACUACUAACAAUACUACUAAUAAAACUACUUAUAAAUCAAGAUUAUUCAUUGAACAAUUAAUGGAAUCACCAUAUUUUAUUCAGGAAGAUUAUUCAUCGGAAGAUAUGAUAGGGAUACAAAAAAAUCGUUUAAUACCAUUAUAUUCACCAAGUUCAAUAACUUCUAUAAAUGGGAGUAGUAAUAGUAGUAAUGGUGGUCGUGGUGGUGGUGGUCGUGGUGGUGGUGGUGAUGGUGGUAACAGUAGUAGUAAUAGUAGUUGUUGUAAAGAAUCACAACAAUCAAAUGAUCUAAAUGAAAAAUUCAAACAAUCCAAUUCAAAUUCUGUAAAAACAAGAAUUGUUGAAAUACCAACUGAUUUACAUCAACAAAAUGAUAUAAUAAAUAGAGCUAAAUCAACACAAAGUAUUCAUUCAACGAUAAGUGCAUAUGAAUCACUAUCUAAAACGGUUUUAAAUAUUAUAACAAAUCGUCAAAAUGAUUUAUGGACAAGUAUAUUAGAACAAGAACAAUCGGUAACAGAGAAUUUAUUGAAAGCGCAAUUAGAACAAUUAAAAUUAUUGAUAACUAGUGAAAAUGCUGCUUUAAAACGAUGUCAAAUGGAUUAUGAUAAUCGUAUUGCUUAUUUAUCAGUUACAUUGGAAGCUACUCAAAAAUUUGCUGAACAUGAAUUUGCUGAAGAACAAGAACGCUUAAUACAAUUUUAUUUUCCUAAUUCAGAUAUGAAUAAUUUACGUUCAGCUUCUGGUUAUCCAUCAGAAACAUUUCAAAGAGAUUAUUCUUUACAUGAAUUAAAUAAUGAUAAUACACAACUGUUGAAAAAUAAUACUGAUAAUAAUGAAAAUUCACCAGAAAAUAUACGUCCAGUAUCAAGUUCCAUAAGAAAAUUUGAAAAAUAUACAAAUGAACAUGGACAAAAAGUAAUUCCGAUCACAUUUAAAACACCAUCUUCAUCAAAAUUUAAUUCAACUAAUAUUCAGAGGGAAAUGGUACUUCGACAAGAUACUAAUUGAAUUGAAAUUUUGAAUGUAAACGAUUCAUAGUUGUAUGAAUAUGUAUUUAACUAUCAAAUAGAGAGGGAGGAUGUGGGUGUGUGUGUGUGUGUGGGUGGGUUGGUGUGUUUGUACAUGGGAAGGGGGACGUUGUAACCAUGAAACUUAUAAUUCAAUAACUUUUAAUGAUAUACCGAUUUUCGAUGAUUGAUUAGUUUGUUUUUCAUAAAACUUGAUUUCAAGCAUGUAUACUUAACUACAAAAAUACAUUCACUUUCAUGUAUGUAGAAUAGAGAAUUUCAUUUU